AUGCUGCUCUCCGUACUCCUCGCCCUGUUCCUCCCCUGCGCCGGGAUGAGCGCUCUGUUCUUCGUCUACAUUUGCCUCCUCUGGUUCGCCUCCAAUCCCCCGCCCAAUUCGGCCGCCAGCAGCCCCGACGAUCUGAAGCCGCCGGCCAAGAAGGGCCUCUCCGCCGCGGAGCUCUCAAAGCUCCCCGAGGUCACGGCGAAGGGGAAUGGAUCAGGUCAGUAA